AUGAACCGAAUGCCCCCUCCCGAUGGGCCCCAUGUGCCAACGAGUGUGCAUGGUGUCUAUGACCAUGGAUGGCGCGGUUCAUCAUACCCCCAACACCCGCCCUUCGAUAGCCAUCUGCAAGAUACGCGUCGGCAACCCACCACCCAGACUUCUUUGGCCCCGGGAUAUCCCAUUAAUCGUGAGCUUCCGCAACUUCCUCUGGAUGGCCACUUUGCCCGCCAAGGUAGUCUACCGGGGCCUCCAGAGCACAACCAACACAGCCAACAUCCCGGCUUCCGGCCGUCUAUCAACGGAUCACCUCACGAUGCUUCUCCGCACUCUGCUCCCCCAGAAGUCUACCGAUCUCGUUUGUCAUAUCCCCCAGCCGAACAACCGACUGUUAGCGAAUCUAUCCCACCGCCUGUCUCUCUUCCGCAAACGACCCAAUUUAUGACCCCUACCCCCGCUAUGACGAAUGGCGCACCGGCCUAUGAUGCAGGCUACUAUCAGAAUCCUGCCUUUGGAGCGCGUCAGCGCAAGGCAGCAAGAGCACAACAAGCAUGUGAUCAAUGUCGAGCGAGGAAAGCCAAGUGUGAUGAAGGACGACCAGCUUGCAGCCACUGCAAGGAAAAUAACCUGAUCUGCGUGUACAAAGAAGUGCCGCCUCAUAAGCAAGAAAAGACGGCUCAGCUGAUCAUGGAGCGAAUAUUGGAGUUGGAAGAGAAAUUGAUGGAACGUCUAGACAAGCAUAGCGAAGUCCUUCAACGCUUGACAUCUGAGGAGGAUCUAGAAACGAAACCGAAGUCUAAAUCCGAACCACAGCCUCAGUCGCAAUCUCAAUCGCAGAUUCAGUCCAAGUUGAACUACCAAUCGCCUGUCGCCGCACCAAUCUCGCAUGUGCCGCUUGCCGAGUCAAAGUCUCCCGCCAUACGCGAAGCCCCUCUGGCAGAUCAGAAAAGUCCAUAUUAUGGACAGGCUCCGAACCCAGCAGCCACGAUCGAUCCCAAUUUUGACGACCCCAAGAAUGAGAACGAAGGAGAACUUUCGAUCCCUGUGGAACAUACCACCGCCGCGCACAAGCUUUUGAUGUGGCCCUCGAUCAAAAAGCUCUUGGUCGAUGAAUAUGAUGAAGAUUACGUCAUGCGACUGGAGGAAGAACGUGGCCUUAUUAAUCCAUUUGGACAGGGAGAAGUUUCAGAGAGCGCCGAUGGCUCUCAACUGAUGUCUCCGCCUAUGCCUCUUGGGGCGAAAAGAAUGAAUGGAACUGCUAAUUAUAAGGCAGAGCCCGAGUCAUCAUUAUUGAACCCAUCACCAGACGCUGGUCUUCAGAUCGACAAUGAUGGCUGGGUCGCUCUGGAUAAAACAAAAGUCUCCCAAUACUAUAAUAGUUACAUUGCCUUCAUGCAUAAGCUCCACCCGUUCCUCAACCAGAUCGAAUUAAUGGGGUGGAUGAAGAUGUUCAUGAGGAAGCAUUGCUUGAAACCUUCAUCGGAAUCAUCACCAACUUUAUGUCGUGAAGACAUGCGACCUACGAAGCGCAAGCGCUCCAACGAUUACCAGGGUCACCAACCUGGAUAUGUGGAUUCUGCGUGCGCCUCAUUUGAAAAGCCGCCCCGCCAACCACUGAACCCAAGGAUGACACAGACUUCAAGUUUCGAAGAAAGGUUGAAUUUCAGCGAAGAGGUGGUGGAGGAUGAGGUCUUUCGAGAGCCAGUUGGACAUAAUAUCGAGUCCGCUAUAGUUCUUCUAGUUCUUGCAGUGGGUGCAAUCUGCCAGACCCCGUCUCCACUCCCAGGCCCUCUCAUGCAGCCAGAGGCACUUGACUACAUGAACCAAUAUAUUCCUCGACCUUUUGAACCUUUACCGCCUAGAAAAACGCCAACUAAUGUCACUUCUGCAAACGGGGUGCUCUCCCCAGCCAAUUCCGACUCAGGUCCGAGAUCAUUCUAUAACAACACUCGAACCCCAAUCCCGUCUUUUACGGCAAUACCCCCAGCAGAGACUCCUGGCCAGGCCCUUCGAAGGCAAGAUUUGGCCAAAGCCCAAGAAGCGUUGGCAAGGCGCCGAACGUGGGGCGGUACCAAAAACCUUGAAGCUAUUCCAGGCCUAGCGCUCUAUGGUUAUGCCACACGGAUUCUGGGCGAGCUUCAGGGAGGUGUCACCUUGCACAAUGUACAGGCAGGCUUGCUUGCCGGAUUGUAUGCCGGCCAAUUGGCACACCCUUUCCAGAGCCAUAGUUGGAUCUGUCAAGCGGCACGGGCAUGUGCAGUGCUUGUUCGACAGAAGCUGUACGAGCGAAUGGCAGAUGAAUUUCCUUUGGAUCUUUACCACUUUGCCUAUUGGACCUGUCUUCAACUAGAGAGUGACCUUCUGGCCGAGCUUGAUAUCCCAGCUAGUGGAAUUUCACGAUCAGAGGUCCGAAUGGAAAUUCCCAAGGGAUUGUGGACGAUCAGUCUGCCGGACGACCUCCAAGAACCCAACACGAUGAUGAUGAUGUUCUACUCAGCUCAAAUCCACCUUCGGAAGGUUCUCAACCGUGUCCAUACCGAUUUGUACAAAGUCGAGAAGCAAGGAGAAGCGCGAUGGUCGUCUAGUGUACAGGAAGCCUUGAGCUUGAACUUGGAGGCAUGGCGCAAAAGCCUCCCCGACACCAUGCAAUGGUCCGACAAUGACCCACCCUCUACUGAUAUUAACGCGGCCCGCAUGCGAGCCAAAUACUACGGUGCUCGGUACAUCAUUCAUCGACCGCUGCUAUACUACGCGCUGCACUAUGGCCAAGGCGGCGCUGAAAUAGUUAAGCAGCCUUCCGCAGUCUCGCCAUCGAGCUCAGCAACAGCCUCCCAGCCACAGAACGUCUCUCCCUCAAUACCACACACCAACCACCGCGCCACGAAUAUGACACGGGGAUUGAGUGACAUGAGCACGCCAACCGACAAUUCUUCCUCAUUUCCCAAUGGCUGGACACCACCAACCGUUCACCCACGAAAAUUCAACAAGAAAUUCCGCGUCGCCUGCCAGACUUGCGUAAAUUCCGCACGACUGAGUACUGUGGCAUUCGAUAAUAUAACCCCCGAGCGACUUGUUGUGACUAACAUUUUCGGCACGGCUCAUGCACAAUUUGGAAAUAUGCUCGUUCUCUCCGCAACGUUUAUGUCCAGCUUGAAAUCUCUCGUGGACCCAGCAGACCUUCAAGCACUCCUCAAUCGGACAAUCAACUUCUUGUUGCGCAACAAGAAUAUCUCUCCCACUCUCCGGGCCGAUGCCAAGAUCCUUACUCAAAUUUACCUGAGGAUCUUUAAAGAACAACCAUUGAUCGAUCCAAUCUUACGUUGA